GGCGCGUUACGCGUGGAUGUUAUCGCGGAUGGUCGGAAAGGAAAAUUGACGUUUGGUCGCCGUUGUUAUUGUUCGAUGACGACGUACGACAAGAACCACUGGGAAAAUGUGAACGUAUGGACAUUCGACGUUGUCUGACUCGACUCGGUGUUCAGUGUCGUCAGUUCGAUCCGGUCAGUGGGCCAUUCAGCAUGAACAACGAGCGCAAGCAUGAUGGGUCCGUUUAUUCGGUCGAAAGUCAGAAUCACCUGGUGCCGAUAAGAUCCAGGAAAACCUUCUUCAAGGAAAAAAGUCGGAUUUCCAAUCUGUCGCUGGUAAUUUUUUUCAUUCUGGUGGGUGCCUUGUCCAUAACAGUUGUAGUACUCGCUAUACUUUAUGCGUGUAAAAAUAUGGUGAAGAUAUGUGAUAGCGAGGACUGCGUGCGAAUAGCUGCUAGUUUGAAGGAAUCUAUGAACGAGUCUGUAGAUCCUUGCGACGAUUUUUAUCAAUAUGUGUGCGGUAGAUGGUCGCAGGAGCAUCCUAUUCCGGAUUCCAGCCUGACGAAUUCCUGGUUCAGCGAGCGCAGUAAUCGCAUGUACAGAAAGAUCAGAGAUCUACUAAAAGUCAAUAUAUCUGCAAGUGAGGUACCGUGGGCAGUGAUGCAGGCCAAGGCUCUGUUUACUAGCUGCAUGGACAUGUAUACCAUGAAUGAACUCGAUUUGUCUCCACUGUUCGACCUGUUGAAGUUAUUAAAUUUACCCAUUGUACCGUUUGUUACCAACAAAACGACUAAUUAUGUCGAACGACUUGCUAGGGUAAAGAGAAUUUUAGGCCUUGACGUUUUCUUUGGCUUUGAAGUCAUAUCCGAUCCAAAGAACAAGAGUAAGAACAUAUUAUAUUUCCAUCUUCCGAGUCAUUCCAAUCCUUUUCUCACCGAUGAAGAAUUGGAGAAGCGAUUACAAACCAUCAGAUCGCGAUUGCGAAAAUUAGAUGAGUUAGAUGACGAAACCAUGAACAAGGACGAAGACGCCGAAUUCACCUAUAUGUUUGAUGUUAUUAAACUCAUCAUUAACAAUGGCACUGAUAAUAAAUGUACCUCAGAUAAUGAAUCGAUAUUUGAAGAUGAAGUAUUAAAAGAAUUUGUUAAGGAGCUUUACAACAUUAGCAAUCUUUUUUAUAAUAUGGUUCAAGCAGCUCAAAAUCAGAGUAUUUCUUCAGAAAACUUGAGCGAUAGUGAUUAUAUGCUAGUAGACGAUCUACAAAAAUUGACAGAUGAUCAUGUAACAGAUAGUAAUUUAUCUCUCACGCCUAUACCGAUUUGGCGGCCCUUUAUUGAAUCCAUUUUCGAGGGAAUAGUUAAGUUGGAUCUUGAUAACAAGGACAAAGUUCUCAUUGGUAAUCUGGAGUAUUUAAAAGAUGUUGCAUUAUUAUUAGCUUGUUUCGAGGAAGAAGCCAUAGAAAGCUACAUUUGGUGGACGGUUGUGGACAUUGUGGUGCCCCACGCUUCCGAAAAGCUCAGGGAUAUUUGGAACAAGUACAUUAGCAAGGUAACAGACGUGGAAGUUAUAGGCGAAUCAAAAUCGUUAUUCUGUGGAUCAGUUGUCAAUAAAUUAAUGGGAAUGGCUGUAUCGUGGCUAUUUGUAGAUCCGACAUUUCACGAAAAUAAAGUUAACAAAGUACAAGAAAUGCUAGAGGAUAUAAGAGAGGCAUUCGGCUUACUUGUCGCUAAAACGAAUUGGAUGGAUCAAUCGACGAAAACAGCAACACUUAAAAAAAGCCAAAAAAUGGAGUACGUAAUUGGAUUCCCUAUGUGGCUUUUUAACGAGGAGAAGCUUGAUGAAUAUUAUGGAAGCUUAGAUCUAUCGGAAACAAAAUACUUGGCGAAUAUGGUACAAAUCGUUCAAGUGCAAUUGAACAACACGUGGUCAAUCCUGCACGACGAAAAUAUAUUUAAUGUGUCAUAUUGGGCAACUGAUCCUACUGAUGUAAACGCGUUUCACACUUUUGAACUUAAUCAUAUAACCAUACCUGCUGGAAUUCUUCAAUUCCCAUUUUAUGAAUUGGGUCUUGAGGCUUUAAAUUAUGGCGCCAUCGGCACAGUACUUGGACAUGAAUUAACUCACGGAUUCGACAAUAGAGGUCGGCUUUACGACAGCGACGGAAAUCUCCGGCAAUGGUGGACCAAUGAAACCAUUUCAGAGUACUCGGACAGAACUCAGUGCUUCAUAGAUCACUAUAAUACUUAUUAUGAAGUCGAGGCCGACGAUUACAUCGACGGCGAACUGACUUUGGGAGAAAAUAUCGCCGAUAAUGGUGGCCUUCGCGAGGCCGUCGUCGCUUAUAAGAGGUGGAAGGCUCGGCACGGUUAUGAGCCUUUACUUCCGGGAUUCACGCAGUUUACGCACGAACAGUUACUUUUUCUUUCUUUUGCGCACUUGUGGUGCGAGUCUUAUACUGCUACAUCACUAAAGUGGAUUAUGAAAGAUUCUCAUUGUCCCGGUCAUGUGAGACUGCAAGCUGUAUUGAGAAAUUCCAAAGAAUUUAGCACUGCGUGGAAUUGUCCAGCAGGUUCGAACAUGAAUCCAUCGAAAAAGUGUCGUUUGUGGUAAAACUUGCGUCUUCGACAAAGACAAUGUUUAUUAUUUAAUAUCGUUGAUUAAUCAAAUGUUUAUCGUUUAUGAGGCCAGCAAGCUCAUGUG